AUGCAGUAUACUACCCCAGUUCCGGUCUUUGUCCAAACUCCUCAUCAACCACCUCCUACCUUUCUUCCCCGGCCACGGCCUCGAUUUUGCAUUCUGCGCCCCGGAGGCUUUUGGACUCCUCUGAUCCCACUUGACGAGUUGCCUUCUUGGCUGGAGAUUUGCAACUGGGCCCCUGACAUGUAUAUGGGAAUGUACCCAGCGUCAAUGACGUUCAUACCACGAGAAGGCGAGUAUGAUGUUGUCUGUCAUCACUGCUCCCACGGUGUGGACUCACUGCACCAGAGCGUCUCAGAGCGAGAAGCUUCUUCUGUGGCAGCCAGUAAUGCCGCCUCCGCCAAAGACGGUCCUGAACAUAACACCUCACCAAAUGCCCAACACAAUGAUACUGUGUCCUUGCCUACAGUGCUCCAUCAUGGUUCCCAAAACCACUUCUUGGAGCAACCCCCUUUCAGUGCGAUGCUGCAGACACCUUUUGUUGGAAUGUGUGUGGUCGACGUGAAUUCGCAGUAUCCGGAUAUCGCUCCGUACCAGGCUGGGCCGAAACGACGUAUGAGCCUUGAGAACUCAACUCCUCCUCAUGUCUUUGGUGCAGUCGGCGUUGGCAGCCCUCCUCUUUCCGUGGCCAACUCAGGGAACACUCGCAGGACCGAGUCCCCUUACCCGCAUGCACAUGGUGCUGGAUCGUUUGCCAAGCCCCAGCGCGUCGCAUCCUUGCAAAAUGAAAGCGUUGCAUCAAUGCAAAGUGGCAGCGUUGCGUCCACUCGAUCUCUCACAGUUGCUGCCAUCGAGCAAUUGAAGAGGAUGCGAAGAAGAAGGCUCCCGCGUGGAAGCAGUUUGCAUGCAAGCAUCGGUGUCGCGGAGGCAAAGAGUCUGUCUCAGGUCUCAGGCUCAAAGAUUUCAAAGGCUUCAAAAAUUUCCAAGACUUCCAAGACUUCUAAGGUUUCCAGGGUUUCCAAGAUUUCCUCCAUCCGGGUUAUCUCAAAGCAUCGUCGAAAGGUUGUACUGCGUCGUCGACGCGCGGAAGAAAAGACGGCCAACAAAUCAGCACAGUUAGAGAUCUCAAUGGAGGAGGCACUGAAGCUGAAGCCAGAGCAACCGAAUUCGGCUACCAAGAGACGCGACCGACGUGAGCGCAUGAUGCAACGCAGAAGGCAAUCGGACCGUGGCAAGCAGCCAUAUCGAAAAAUGAUGCGGAUUCCCAAUUGGAGUCCGGGUAUGUGCAAGCACUGA